AAAAAUGGUUUCUAAAAUCUCGCACAUAGCAUGCGUGAGCUUCUUCCUUCUGCACCUGGAGUCAUGGACUCACGCGGAACUGUUCACGGCCAUAGCCGAGAUGGAGCCACUGCUACAGACGCACAAGAGGAUCAUUGAUGACUUAGAUCAUUAUAUUAUAAAGGAAGAGGAAAGAAUCGCUGUUUUGAGAAGGCACUUGGACCUGUACAAGCACGAGCAUGAAAAAGCUAUGGAAGACAUUCCCAACUAUUUGGGGAAUCCUAUCAACGCAUUUACCUUGAUUAAAAGACUGACUACGGAAUUAGAUGAUAUAGAAGAUAGUAUAAAAAUUGGCACUGAUUACAUAAAGAACAUUACGAUGAAUCACGCGGACGUGAAGUACCCCACACUAGAAGACUUGGCGGGAGCGGCGCAAGCUCUAACGAGAUUACAGACCACCUACCACUUAAACGUUCACGAACUCGCCCAGGGCGUACUCAACGGAGUGAAGUACAGCUUCCCAAUGUCGGCGGCGGACUGCUAUGAACUCAUGCGAGCGCUGUACAACAUGAAGGACUACGAGAACGCGCUGGCGUGGGCCAUGGAGGCGCUCAGCAAGCUGCGGGAGGAGACCGUCUCGCACUCCUUCACGGAGAUAGACCUGCUCGAGUACAUCAGCUUCUCGUAUUACCUGAAGGGAGACGUGAAGAGUGCCCUGGAAUGGACGGAAAAGCUGCUUGCCUUGGACCCUGAACAUCCGCGGGCGCGGGGCAAUGUGCCGCACUUCAAGAAAACUAUCGCCGAGCAGGAGAAAGCUGUGCGGAGGAGGCAGCGAGGGGAAACCGGGGAAGAGUCGUCGAAGCCCGAGGUGUCCGACGAGAUGAGAGAUUACGCCAUCGAGAGAAAAAAAUAUGAGGCGUUGUGCCGCGGCGAGAUGGAAAUCUCCAGUGAAAUUGCUAAAAGACUGAAGUGCCGUUACUUGACGGAGAACCAUCCUUUCCUGCGGCUAGCACCGUUUAAGGUGGAGCAGGUUUACAUCAGCCCGGACGUGUUCGUGUUCCACGGCGUCAUCAGCGACGACGAGAUCCAGCAAAUACAGGACAUGGCCAUGCCGAGGUUCAAACGCGCCGUGGUGCACGACCCGAAGACGGGCGAGCUGGUGCCGGCGCACUACCGCAUCAGCAAGUCCGCGUGGCUGCGCGACCCCGAGGCGGCCGUGGUGGCGCGCCUCACUCGCCGCGUGCAGCACAUGACCGGCCUCGACGUGGGCUCGGCCGAGGAGCUGCAGGUGGUCAACUACGGCAUCGGCGGACACUACGAGCCGCACUACGACUUCGCGAGGAAAUAUGAAAACGCCUUCAACCAUUUCGAUGGCAACAGAAUUGCCACCGUGCUGUUUUAUAUGUCGGAGGUGGCGCAAGGCGGCGCGACGGUGUUCACGGAGCUGGGCCUGAGCGUGUUCCCGGAGAAGAACGCGGCGCUGUUCUGGCUGAACCUGCACCCCUCCGGCGAGGGCGACAUGGCCACGCGCCACGCCGCCUGCCCCGUGCUGCGCGGCUCCAAGUGGGUGUGCAACAAGUGGCUUCACCAGGGCGGACAAGAACUGAUCAAACCCUGUAGCCUGGACUACCAGCAGGAAGGCAUCCAGAGGAAAAUACCGCGCGCGGUGCCCAAGUCAUCGAGGUAGGAUGUUCCCAUACG